GGUGGUUUUGUUUGGGUGUGUACGUGCCAUCAAACGCAUAUCAAAGUCAAUAUAAGAGCAGGAGAGUCACAAUGAUGCUGCAUUUACACCUCCAGGAGUAAUCUGAAGACCGUAACUGCUGAAGGAUGAACGGUGGAUUCAUACAGUUGCUCAGGAAAAGGAAGGAGUUAAUUCCUCUGAUUGGGAUUGUUGGUUGUGCUGCAUUUGGAGCGACAACAACCAUGAUUUACUUCCUACUGACCAAACCGGAUGUCAUUUUAAACAAGACGGGAAAUCCCGAGCCGUGGGAGAUGCUGGAUCCAUCAAAACCACAGAAGCUCCUCACCAUUAACCAGCAGUGGAAACCAGUGGAGGAGCUGGAGAUGGUCAAGAAGAUGACCAGAUGAUGAGGAUGAUGCCCACUGUACAUACGGUCUGGGGCUGCACGGUAUAUUGUUUCAGCAUCGAUAUCGUAAUAUGUCUGUUCGCAAUAGUCACAUCGCAGUUGAGUUGGGAUUAUAGCUGAUCAGCGAGGAAGACUGUACGCUGUUAUUUUACAUUACAUUUGAUUAUUGAAUUACUGCACCUGAAUAUCUGACUUCAGUUUGACUCUGCUUAUUUUACUUUUAUCUCUGCUCUGUCUUAUUUAUUUAGAUUUACUCCAUCACAAGAUUAUUAAAAUCAAUCUAAAGAUGUCAUUGCAAAUAGUUAUUGAAGUCACCUGCUGAAAUUGUAUUCAUAUCAGAAUAUAUAUCGCAUAAAAAUCAAAUAUCACAAUGUUCGAUUUUUCCAAUGUCAUGCAGAUCUACUGUUCCACUUUAUAUUAAGUGGCAGACUGUGUUCAGAUCGACUCCUCAUUGGCGAUGUUGGUGCCGUUUUUGCCCUAUUGACUUCCAUUAUAAUCACAUUUAUUUACUGUAAAACCAUGACAGCAUAUAAUCAUGCUCUCCUAAUUGUUGCUGGGUCUUUUCUGUUGGGAUUAAGCGGUCAAAUGUGUAAUAUUUACUGUUGAUCAUCAGUUGUCAGCAUUAAGCCUUUAGAUCGGCCUGUGCUGAAGAGUUUCUGUCUCUUAUAUGGAGCUCAACAGCAGACUAUAGUGUGUGUGCAGAAAUUUGCGCAGCUUUUUUUUGCAUUGCAACUGAUGAUCAACAGUAAAAAUGGCAAAUCGUCCUCUUCCCUACAGGGAAAACCAGCACUAAUCAGGAACACAGGAUUAUAUGCUGUCAGGGCUCUGCAUUCAAAACAAUGUGAUUAUAAUGGAAGUCAAUAGAGCCAAAACAGCACCAACAGCACCAAAGGGGAGUCAAUGUGUCCAGAGUGUGUUGUUGAGGACAUUUUCAAAGCAUUUGCCCAAAAUAUGAGUCCGAAUAAGAUUUGUCAGCAAACGGCAUCACAUUUACUGAAACACAGAGACAUUUAUGGCCAAAUUAAGCCUCAGAAUCACCUCAGAGUAGAUGAAAACGACCCAACAGCAUACAGGGGUUAAAUGAAUCAUUUACAUUGGACUAAUAUUUGAAAAUUCGCUUGUAGUUACAUCUGUUAUUCAUUACUGUAGUUACAUUUAUAAUUACACUGUUGACCCAUCCCUUACUUUAACCCAACCGUAAAACCUACCCCAGACCUGUGCCUUUGCUUCCCCGUAUGGGAAAGGAAAACCAUAUGAACACACUGCACUUAUUUUCUGAUGUAUGUUUAUAGUAAUUAAGGCCAUUUAACAUAAAGUGUGAUCCUGCAUGCUGUAAACACAGGACUCAGUACAUUAAUGAUGUGAAUAAAAGUCAUUCUGCUGA